AUGAAGAUGGGGCGAGCCACUGGCGAUUUUUUGCUUUCCACGCAGACGGAAGGUUUAAUGGAAGGUUUUAUUCCAAGCGAAGAAAUUGGCGAUGCUCAACGUGUUGUUUUAGAAUGUAAUGGUAUGGUGGAAGGCAUUAGUUAUACAGCCAUUCCUGUAGACAUUCUCGCAGCAGCUGGAGUUGAUGUCGAAAAUGUUUCAGAGCUAACUGAGAACCAGGUUAAUGCUGCUUUAGCUUUAGCUGGUUCUAGUGCCAAUACAAUCGCAAUUCCUUCGGUUUCUCGCCAGAUUCCAACUAAACGUGUUCGUGUUCCAACAACGCAGCAAAAUCCAGCUGAUAAUCUUACGAUGUUUAUUGCAGAAGAUGGCUCAUUAAAGCUUACCAGUUCUUCACAGCAAAAUUUUUAUGUAAUGUUUUCGCAUGAUGAAAUUUUUUCUCCUGAACAGUUGGCUGCUCAUAAUAUCGAUGUUAAUCAUCUAUCAGAAGAAACUGUCCAUCGCAUUAUACAAAUAGCAAUGCCUUUGAUUGACAUGUAUAAACGGGAAUAUAAUUUGUUGCUUUUCCAUUCCGGCUUUUUUUUCAGGAGGAAAGCGAAUGAAACAAAAAGACGAAAAUUAGGACCAAAUUUAUGUUCAACAGAACAAGGGCAAAGUGUUUUUAAUGGAGUAGCAUCGAUAAUACCACCGGAUCGUUUAGGAUUGAAUCCUCAUGGUCCUUCAUUAUCGCCUUCAAAAGUUUUGGCCUCAAUGGAUCACGGGUCAGAACAUAAUUUUUCGAUCGUGGGAGAAGAAGUGCAUGUGAAAAAGGGGAAUAGGCUUGUCCCAGCAAUAGUUAGGUACUGCAGGACUGGAGGUGAAUUUAAAGUACAAUUUGCCGAUGGUCAUUUCGAAUGGAUUGGAGAAGAUCAUUUGCAAUUUAAUGGUAAUUUUUUCUUAUUAAUAUUUCAUCUUCAUUUCCAUCAUAUUUUCGUUGAUUAUUAUUAUUAUGUGCACUUGGAAUUUUUUUUUUUUGAAGGGAUAAAAGUAACUUCAAAGGAACCAAGUGGUGAAGAGGUGGAACCGAAUUUCUUUUGUUUGGUUUGUGAUCGAAAAGUGUAUCAAAAGGUUCGUUUAAAAUUUUCAAAACAUUUCUUUGUUUUGGUCAAAAGUUUUCAUUAUAUUACCAAAAUCUUUAUUCAGGAACCACAGUAUUUAGUUAUUCGUGUACCAGCAUGUGACGCUUGCACUAAACGAAAAAUUUUAAUAUUAGACACGGAAAAAGCCGAUUGCAGCGUGCAAACAAGUCCUUUAAUAGAGUUAGAUUCUUUUAAUGUGAAUUCAAACAAUUAUCUAUCGGAACAAUCGACUAAUCCAUCGCCUUAUUUUGAUGAUGAAGCAAAAAUAAAUGACCAAAGCAACAAUAUCAAAAAAAAAAUGAGCCAAAUCUCAUUAACAGUAGAUUCUUCAUUUUCUGCUUCUGAAGUUGAACAGAAUGUUUCUACUAGUUCAUGA